AUGAACAUGGAAGGCAGCUCGGAAGUUGCGGAGGAAAAAUUGCGGGAAUUUUGCUGCGAUGGGGACGUUGAAAAGGCUCGAUUUCUUCUCCAGCAAGGCGUUGAUGUUAACUCUUCUAAUAAGAUUAAUGGCUGGACUCCGCUUCACUGGGCAUCGAAGCGAAAUCAUACAGGAAUCGUCAAGCUUUUACUCGCAAAUGGUGCGAAACUAGAUUCCACGACCAAGAGAGGAGAGACUGCUGCACAGCUUACAAAGGACCCUAGUAUCCAACAACUGUUAUCCGUGGAAAAUACAAUUGAACCCGUGGAAGAUUCUAAACUGCCCAUAGUACCCAACUAUAUAAAAUUUCCUAAAUUUAUAUACGGGAGAGACGCGAAGGACUGGGGACAGGUUGAUACUGUGAAUGUUGCCAAGGGGGGUGGGGAUGGGGGUACGCCCCAGACUUUGCCCCCUAAGACAGCCAUUUCCAAGGAUAACGUUAAAGAGCAACUAUGUAGAUGCUGUCAACAUCAAAAAAACAUUGCCCACUUAGAAGAGCUUGUCCUCAAAGUUCGGAAAAGAAACAAUAAUGGUAUAAUUGGGGAAAAGGACUUUAUUGAAGUUGAGCUGGACUUUGGUGACUUAAGCUUUGAGAAUCUUGUUGAUGUUUGCUGUAGAGAGCUAAGCGUUGACCCACAUUCAGUGACAAAGAUAAGAAAACUACCUGACACCAUUAUUAGAAAGGAUAAAGAUGUAAAAAGGCUAAAGCAAUAUCAAGAGCUUGAAAUAGUCCAUAAUUAGGCUGUUUGUUUUUCUCAUUGUAAAGGACAGGACUCUUGACUCCGACCUAAGAAGUUUGAAUGAUUGGGCAAGUACUCGGCAGAUGAAGUUCAAUAGUUCCAAGUUGAAAACACUGAUGCUUACACAAAUAAGCGUAAACAAGUUAUUUCUGAGUACAAUCUUGGGAAGGGUGCUCUCUUCACAUUAUUGUCUGGGGGUCAUUUGUAACAACAGGCUAAACUGGUCUGAAUACUGUUCCAAUAUUGCUACAAAAGCUAGCAGAUAAUUGGAAAUUGUUAGGCAGCUUAAACCCUAUGAUAGAAUCAUGGAGUGCAGAAUACAAUUUUGAGUAAAGUAUAUUUAUUAUUAUUAUUAACAUAGGCUUUAAAAGGGUAAAUGGAUAUAUACAUUUUUUUGUUUACAUAUUUUGUCGCUAUAACUCAUUUCUUGAGCAGGAUGAAUCACAUAAUCAUUUUCGAAAAGUUGUGUUUUCCCCCGUCCACAUGGUCCUGGAAGGGUAUCGUUUUGAAAUUCGUCCACCCUAGAGAUUACUGUUCCGUUUUCAGUCAUCGUUUUCACGUUAUGUUUGAGCGUUGUAUUGGUGACAGAAAGGUUGCCGUCUCAAACAUAUGCAGAUGUAUGGGGGGGGGGUCUCAGAUCAAGUAAACCUCGGCAUUCGUGCGUUCCAAAAUCAUGUUUUAGCAUAGCUACAAUUUACAUAGUAACGAUAUACUGUUGGUUAAAGUCAGUGUAGGGUUGUCA